AUGAACAUUACUGUUCGUAAGAAGACCACACCUCCUUCUUCAGCACCUGAACCUAAAGUGGACAAUGAAAAUUUAAUAUCAGCGAUCAGUGAUCGAGUUCUCACUUCAUUUCGGUCUGAGAUUCCGCGUAUGUUAUCUAGCGCUCUCCACAAAGAGUUAUCUGAAAUAAAGCAAGAACUGCUUGAAUAUCGGAAGUCAAUUGACUUUUUGAGCAGCUCUCACGAUGAUUUAAUAAAAGCCGUGGAGCGUCUAAGUUCCGAAAAUAUGCAGCUGAAAAAAGAAAACGGAUCUCUGAGCUCUACCGUACUUAAUUUAUCCGAAAGAUUGAACAAUCUGGAACAACACCUGCGAGAAAAUAAUUUAGAAUUAAACGGUGUACCUGAGAAUCGUUCUGAGAGCUUGCCUAAUUUAGUACAACAAUGUGCAAAUGUUAUUGGCCAUAAAUUUAACGAUGCUGAUAUCGUUCACUGUACGAGAGUCGCUAAACGGGAUAAAGAUAGCAAGUUACCUCGUGCAAUUGUUGUAAAAUUCAAAAGCCUAAGAUGCAGAGAUGAAUUCUAUUCCGCUGUAUUUCGGUAUAACAAAGCGAAUCCCAAUGAAAAACUAAACACCGCAUUACUCGGCAUAACUGGACAUAAAAAACCUGUAUAUGUCUCGGAACACUUGUCCCCUCAAAACAAAUUUUUACACGCUGCAGCCAGGAAAAAAGCCAAGGAGUUAAAGUACUCGUUUGUUUGGAUUCGGAAUGGAAAAAUUUAUGUUAGGAAAUCUUCUGACUCAAAAUACAUCUUGAUCAGAAAUGAAAAAAGUCUUGAAUUAAUGAGUUAA